UGUCAAAAUACCACUAUUAUUACUGUCAAAGUUCGGGUUGCAGUAACUACAUAUAACAUAGAUAAUUAUUAUUUAAUGUUUAAACUUUUCGAAGCUAAACAAUAAAAUUCGACCAGAUUCUAUCGACAAUAAGUUAAAAAAAAAUUGAUUAUUAAAAACGCUUUGAUGAAUGAGACAAUGUGUGAUACACAAUAAAGACAAUUGAUUUGAAUAUGAGCCAUAACCAUAACCUAAAAAAAAACGCCAAAUUAGUCGUUGUUCAUACUGAAUUAUCGGAACAAACCAUUGAAAAAGAUGAUUACCAAAUAUCGGCUGUGCACUCGUUUUAUUGGCAAUUAUGUUAAGUCGACGUCAUAUCUUCGGCAACGUUUUUAUUGCACAAAUAAAAAUGAAAUUACCAUUGUUGAUGAUAGCAAUUUUAAAUUUGAUGAGGUUUCGGUAGACCGAAUUCGAAACUUUAGCAUAAUAGCCCAUGUUGAUCACGGUAAAUCAACAUUAUCGGAUCGUUUAUUGGAAAUGACUGGCGCCAUAGCACCAAAUCAGGGUGAAGCGCAAAUUUUGGAUAGUUUACAAGUUGAAAAAGAACGUGGAAUUACGGUCAAAGCCCAAUCUGCUUCACUGCUCUAUCAAUUCGACGAUGGUCAUACAUAUUUGCUGAAUUUUAUUGAUACACCUGGACAUGUUGAUUUUUCAAAUGAAGUAACGCGUUCAUUGUCAGCUUGUGAAGGUGUCAUAUUGCUUGUUGAUGCAAACCAAGGUGUUCAAGCGCAAACUGUAGCCAAUUACCAUUUGGCGGUUGAUAAAGGAUUGGUUGUGGUGCCAGUUUUAAAUAAAAUUGAUUUGAAAAAUGCCGACCCAGAUCGAGUUUGUAUUGAAUUAAGCCAUUUAUUUGAUAUUGAUCCGGAAUCCGUAAUGAGAGUAUCUGCGAAAAUGGGAACUGGUGUUAAACAAUUAUUGGAUGCAAUUGUGACUAGAAUUCCAGCCCCAAAAGUCAAUCGAGAUAGUCUUUUUCGUGCACUUUUAUUCGACAGUUGGUUUGAUCGUCAUCGUGGCGCAUUGAAUUUGAUUUACGUGAAAGAUGGUUCGGUCAAUGUUGGCGAUGAGAUUAAAACAUUUACAAGUGAAAAAAGUUAUAUAAUUAAACAACUGUCGAUCUUAAGACCGCAUGAGCAUGCCGUUAAAAAACUGAAUGCCGGUCAAGUGGGAUUGGUUGGAUGCGCGAUGAAAAGUAGCAAAGAUGCUGUCAUCGGUGAUACAAUAUUUUUAAAGGGAACAACAGUUGAACAAUUGCCUGGUUUGCGGGCCAAUCGUGCAAUGGUGUUUGCAGGCAUUUUUCCAGAAAAUCAAUCCGAACAUGUUGAUUUACGAAAUGCUCUCGAUAAAUUAAUUCUCAACGAUUCAGCUGUUACAAUUGAGCCAGAUUCUAGUCCGGCCUUAGGACAAGGAUGGCGUCUUGGUUUUCUUGGUCUUUUGCACAUGGAAGUAUUUUGUCAACGUUUAACACAAGAAUAUAAAAUAAAUGCAACAAUCACAUCACCAUCGGUAACGUACAAAUUGAGAUUGUCCCAUCCAAAACUGAUUAAAGAACAUGGUUCUGACAUUAUGUAUGUCAGCAAUCCCGUCAUGUUCCCCGAUGCACUCGAUAUAGCUGAAUAUUUUGAACCAUGCGUGCUCGGUACGAUAAUUACACCAAAAGAAUUUAUACCUGAUAUAAUUGCAUUGUGCAUGGAUCGACGUGGCAUACGCAAAGAAUGCAUCGAUAUUGAUGAUAAUCGUUCAAUUAUGACCUAUUUAAUGCCACUUAGUGAAAUUGUUAUCGAUUUUCAUGAUCAACUGAAAUCAAUUACCAGUGGAUAUGCCAGUUUUGACUACGAAGACAAAGGCUAUCAAUCAACAAAAUUGGUAAAAUUAUGCAUUCAUUUAAAUCAACGGCCAGUUGAUGAAUUCAGUCGUAUCGUGCAUAUAUCCAAGGCAAAUGCCGCUGCGCGACAAAUGGUUGAAAAAUUGAAGGAAUUAAUUCCAAAGCAAAUGAUUCAAGUUGCCAUUCAAGCAAUUGUUAAUCAUAAAGUACUGGCACGUGAAACAAUUAAAGCCUAUCGAAAAGAUGUGUCGGCCAAAUUGUAUGGAGGUGAUGUGACACGCCGAAUGAAAUUGGUACGAGCACAGGCCGAAGGUAAACGGAAAAUGCGAGCCAUUGGAACGGUUAAAGUUCCAUAUGAAACAUACAUGAAACUCUUAAAAAGAUGAAAACAACAUAGAAUAUAGAAAAAAAUCAUAUUUUUUGUUGUUUGAUAAAAUACGAAAAUACGAAAAUAAAAACAUUAACAAUGAAAUAAUCACUGCGUUAAAAAUAUUUAAAAAAAAAAGAAAAAACAGCUGUUUUAGAAAUAGUACACAACUAUUGUGUCGCGACAGUUUUCAAAUGUCGUUCCCAAAUGGCAACGUCAAAACACACGUACACACUUUAGAGUCCAAAGUGAAAUGUGAAAUGACAUUUAGUUGUCUGUUGUUCAAUCUUCGAAACAUAGU